CCUUCAAUUUACGGCGCGAUUUCUUGUUCUUCUGUCCAUUUGCACAUGUCAAGAUCAGUCGCUUAAAUCUUCGCUACUUUUCAUACUCUGCAAACGCAUUAAUCUAUUGAUUUCCGGGUACUCUUUUCCACUCUGUUCAAAUCCUAUUCUUCACGUUCUUCAUCCUUGCAUUCAGACUACGGGAUUUGGAUUCUUUCGCCAGCAAAGCUGUGUGUCGCCUCUCCAGGUAUAGGGAUCUAUCAUGACUGGUUCUACUGAAGAAUCUGGGGCUCCAGCGAGGACUGGGGGGAAGUUUACAGCUCUUGCAGUUUGCUGGGUUCUCGGCUUUGGUUCCCUCGUUUGUUGGAACAGUAUGCUAACUAUUGGAGAUUACUAUUAUCUAUUGUUUCCGGAUUAUCAUCCUUCAAGAGUACUCACUCUCGUGUAUCAACCAUUUGCAUUUGGAACCAUUGCAAUUCUGGCAUAUAAUGAAGCAAAAAUCGAUACCCGAUGGAGGAACAUUCGUGGAUACACUCUCUUCUUCAUAAGUUCUGUGUUGCUUAUAGUUUUGGAUUUGGUCUCCUCUGGAAGAGGAGGGAUUGGACCAUAUAUUGCUCUGUGUAUCAUCGUCGGUUCUUUCGGUGUUGCCGAUGCCUUCGUGCAAGGUGGGAUGGUUGGAGAUCUCGCUUUGAUGUGUCCUGAAUUCAUCCAGUCUUUCAUGGCUGGAUUGGCUGCCUCAGGAGCUCUAACUUCAGGGUUGAGAUUGAUCACAAAAGCUGCAUUUGAGAACGUCCAUGAUGGUCUUCGUAAAGGGACGAUUCUAUUUCUAGCGAUAUCUGCUGCUUUCGAGUUCCUUUGUGUUAUUCUCUAUGCGUCAGUCUUUCCCAAAAUCCCACUAGUGAAGUUCUACCGUAAAAAGGCAGCCUCUGAAGGAUCGAAAACCGUGUCAGCUGACCUUGCCGCUGCAGGCAUCCAGCUUCAACUAAACCAAGGAAACAAAACUGAAGUACUUACCAAAAAGCAACUUCUUCAACAGAACAUGGAUUAUCUUUUGGGCGUGUCACUGAUAUACGUUCUCACAUUGUCAAUCUUUCCUGGCUUCUUGUAUGAAAAUACUGGAGAACACCAAUUGGGUUCAUGGUAUCCACUUGUUUUGAUAGCAAUGUACAAUGUGUGGGAUCUGAUAGGCAGAUACUCACCUCUCAUCAAAUUUCUGAAGUUGGAGUCGAGGAAGGGCCUCUUGAUCUCAAUUCUGAGUCGUUUUCUACUAAUCCCAGCGUUUUACUUCACAGCAAAGUAUGGUGAUCAAGGGUGGAUGAUCAUGCUCACUUCCUUCUUGGGAUUGACCAAUGGCCAUCUUACAGUUUGUGUUUUUACUGCAGCACCUAAAGGCUACAAGGCACCUGAGCAGAAUGCGUUGGGGAAUAUGCUUGUCAUGUUCCUUUUAGGAGGCAUUUUUGCAGGAGUUUCCCUUGGUUGGUUGUGGAUCAUUGGAAAUGGCAGCUUUUGAAGCAUUAGUUAAACUUCAUUUGAUGAACAAAGUGGAGAUAUCUGUUUAUGAAUAUGUUUGCAGGAUGAAUAGCUAGCUUUAACACCCACUGUUUUUUUCAUUUCGAUUUUAAGAAAUAGGAUUAUAUUUGUUUCUUGUUUUUUCCCCGCUUAUUCUAAUUGUAAUUAUAUCAGCUGGAUUUUAAACCUUCUAAUUGUCAAGUGACA